AUGGUGUCUAUUCCCCGCGUAGCUGCUGCUACGAGCUCCGCGGCCCUCCGAGCGACAGCCUUCUUCUUCCUCCGCUGGAUCCCCGGCCAUCAUUUUCCACCUAUUAUAGUCACAUUUCUAGCUGUUUACCUAGCUUCAUUGGUGUCGCUUGGCCGGCCGAGCGACCAGAGCAAUACCGAUCGGCGCAAGGGCAAUGAGGAUGCUCAACCUGCUUCCAGAUCUCCGCCGCCAACUGAAGGCGUCCUCAAGGUUUUGCUGACUGGGCUGCCGUCCCCCCGACUACCGCUGUCAACGCGUUUGACCGUCCUGAUCAACAUUGUUCUCGCCCUCCUCACCCUAGACUUCGUGGGACGAGGCUUCAUCCUCUAUCCCAGCAAUGACCUUGCUUUCUCUCGUAUUGGCUACGUCUCUCCGACUACCGCGAAUUUGCUGGUCCGCGAACCCGACCCGGCUCAGCUACCCUUGAUUGUAUACUAUCAGCCAACGGAGAAGGACCCCUCGCGAUGGACAGAAGAAGGCGUGAUUUACUCGCUGACGGAUUCGACGGACUUCACAACCACCGUAACUAUCAAGAACCUGGAGCCCUCAUCCGCGUACCGCUAUUCUCUAUCCAACAAUCUGACGGGCUCUUUCGUCACCGCGCCGAUGCCCGGCUCUAAAUCAACCAACCGUUUAAGCUUCCUCACAUCGAGCUGCAUGAAGGCGAAUUUCCCCUACAACCCGCUAUCGCAUCCACUACGCAUCCCGGGACUUGAGAUGAUGACAGAGACGGUCAAUCGACUGCCGUCCCUGCUCCGACCAGCAUUCAUGUUGUUCCUAGGUGAUUUCAUUUACGUCGACGUGCCUCAGCGCUUUGGCUCCUCAAUCUCUCACUACCGUAGCGAGUACCGCCGGGUCUAUUCCUCCCCGUCAUGGAACAAAGCCCAAGAUGGUCUCCCUUGGAUCCACACACUAGAUGACCACGAGAUCGAGAAUGACUGGUCCAAGGGAAACACCACGGCGCCAUAUCCCGCCGCCGCGGAGCCCUACAUCCAUUACCACGUCAGCGCGAACCCUCCCAUCCCGCCAACACCCUUUGCUAAGCCCGAAAACACCACCUAUUUCUCAUUCAUCAAUGGUCCAGCUUCAUUCUUCAUGGUAGACACGCGCACCUACCGUUCCGAGCCUGCCCAACCCAACUCCACUAUCCUCGGCUCCGCACAGCUCCAGUCUCUCCUCGCCUUCCUCGCCCGUCCCGAACCAGCCGAAGUCCGCUGGAAGAUCGUAGCCUCCAGCGUCCCCUUCACCAAGAACUGGCAUGUCGGCACCACCGACACAUGGGGAGGAUUCCUCAACGAACGCCGCACCGUCUUCGAAGCCAUGUGGCGCGCAGAGCGCGAACUCGGCGUCCGCAUCGUCCUCCUCAGCGGGGACCGUCACGAAUUCGGAGCCACGCGCUUCCCAGACCCCGACCUCGACUUCAGCCACGAGGAACUCCUCCCCAACACCGCAGGCGAAGGGCUGCACGAGUUCUGCGUCGGCCCGCUCAACAUGUUCUACCUCCCCAUCCGGACCUACCGUCAGGACGACGACGAAGACGUCGCCAUCAAAUACAUCCCCGACGGAAACACCAAAUACGGUCUUAUCGACAUUGACGUCCAAGAUGAGCUCAUCACCACCUCAACUGGCAAGACCAUCUCCGUUCCCAGCUCUGUCUUCACUUAUUCCCUCUACGUCAAUACCGACCUGAUCUGGAAAUACUCUCUUGCUGUGCCUCUGUCUGGCCAGGAGGCUGUGGUUGCCUCUGCGUCGACCUGGAAACACCCUCGCUUCCCGCCGGGUAAGCUCCUCUUGGAUGAUCGCGAGGAGGAUAGUACGUGGGAUGCAGCUGUCAAGACGGUGAUUGGCCGCGUUGAGGAAACGGUAGGUCGUGUGCGCUCGUUUGUCUUGGAGCAGGCCUAUGGGGUAUUGGAUAGAGUUAGACGGGUGGAGAGGGUGGAUUGA